AUGGCAGACCACGCCGAGGAACUUAAGCAAAAGGCUGAGAUCGAGGAGUAUGUUGCAGAUGACCGCUCUAGAGAGGCUAUCGAGUUCCAGAAGAAGGAAGCCAAGUUGCGGCGCAAGCUCGAUCUCUACAUCGCCCCCGUGAUGAUGCUUCUCAUGCUCAUCAGCUAUCUUGAUCGUGGAAACAUUGGGUUCGCAGCUACUCAGGGCAUGGCUGAUGAUAUCGGUCUGCAUGGCAACCAGCUCAAUACUGCGGUAUCCAUCUUCUAUUGUACUUAUGUGCUCGCCGAGCUACCGACUUCGCUAUACGUCAAGCGACUCCAGUUCCAUCGAGUCAUCCCUAUUAUCACCUUUUGCUGGGGCUUGGUGUGUAUGUCGAUGGGAUUCAUCCAGAAUUUUGCUGGCCUCUGUGUCUGCAGAAUUCUCCUGGGAUGGUUUGAAGGAUGCCUGUUCCCUUCCAUGACCCUUUUCUUGGCCAACUGGUACAGACGAGAAGAAUUGGCUCAGAGAAUCUCUUAUCUCUUCAUUGCAUCUGCCCUGUCUGGCGCUUUUGGUGGCCUCAUCGCCUUCGGCAUCCUAUACAUGGAUGGCGUCGCCAAUUACCCUGGUUGGCGUUGGCUUUAUAUCCUCGAGGGCCUCAUCACGCUUGUCUGGGCGGGACUGUGUGUAUACCUGGUCCCGAAGAACUACCAGACUGCCUACUUCCUCAACGAGGAAGAGAAGAAAAUCAUGGCUGUCCGUGCCGAAUUAUCAGAGUCCUACUCUGGAGGGGACGGCCAUUACAAACUCAACGACCUCAAGCUGGCUUUCAAAGAUGCGAAGACUUGGCUGCACGGUGUCAGUCAGAUUGCCGUUGUCACUAUUCUCUAUGGUUUUGGCACUUUCUUGCCCAUUAUCAUCAAGAACGGAUUGCACUACUCGACCAAACAAGCUCAAUAUCUUGUCAUUCCAGUCAACCUCUGGGGUGCUAUCGUGUACGCCGUUGGCGCAGUUAUCUCGGACAGGUACCACAAGAGAUUCCUCAUCAUGGUGGUUUGUGCUCCCGUUGGCAUUGCGGGAUACGCCAUCCUCCUGAAAAUGGACGAUGUUUCGGUGGGCGUUCAAUAUUUUGCAACUUAUCUUAUCGCCACGGCCUGCUUCCUCUGCACUGGAGGUAACAUUGCCUGGCUGUCUGGCAACGUGGCGCCAGACGGGAAGAGAGCUGCAAGUUUGGGUACCCAGCUCACUCUGACAAACCUUGGGGGGAUUAUCUCUGGCCAGAUCUACGCCUCCACAGACGCACCCAGAUUCGUUCUCGGCCACGCUUGGUCCCUUGGCAGUCUGGCUUUUGCAUUCAUUGUGUUCAACAUCCUGCGCGUGCUCUACAAAAGGCGUGAGGCGGCGAAGGAUGAACAACGCGCUCAAGGCGUGGUCACCCCGCCCGAAGAGUUCACGGACAGAUCGCCUGAAUUCAAAUAUCAGUUCUAG